AUGAGGAUACCCAAGCUAAAGCUUCAGAUGAAAACUGAGUUUAGAAAGGAGAACUGUUGCUCGGUUGGGGUCAUUAAUAAUCUUUUUCUUGCAGUGAAAUACAUCGUGAUGGACGGGUGCGCGCAGUUGUGUAAAUGUUUCCUGAUCUUGUUUAACAUUCUGUUCGCUCUGGUGGGUUUGGGGCUAGUCUCUCUGGGAAUGUGGCUCAGAUUCGGCGCUGAAACCAGAGGAUUCUUCGACAUCGAUCUGAAUACGGCACAGUUCACUAUCGGUGUGGGCGUGCUGAUCGGCACGGGUGCGCUGAUGCUGCUGGUCGCUGUGAUCGGAGACUGCGGCGCGUGUAACCACAGUAAAUCUGCUCUUGGUGUGUUUUCUGGCCUGCUGUCCUUCCUGAUCAUCAUCGAGAUUUCAGCAGGUGUGAUGGCCUUCAUGAUGAGUGGAAAGGUGUCCGAAGAGUUGGCAAAUUUCUAUGCCACGAUCUACGCUCAGUAUCUGAACACCAGGAGUCCUGGUCAAGCCAUAACGCUCAAACUAUUCCACAACACUUUCGACUGCUGUGGCAUCGGUGGACCAAUUGAAGUGUUGGUGCGUGACACCUGUCCAGAGGGCAACAUCCUGAAGCAGCUCACAUUUCCCAGCUGUCCCAGUGUGAUCCAUGACAUGUUCAACUCGAGCGCCCCAAUGGUGUUGGGAGGGUUUCUAGGGACGGCAGGAAUCAUGAUGUUGGCGCUGGUGUGCAGUGUGGUCUUCAGCAGACACAUCUCACAGUCUCGCGCAGCUCCUACAUACGUGCUCCUGACCAAUCAGCCGUCGCUCCUGCUUCCUCAUGCUCAUGUUCCUCACGCAGCGCAGCAGAUAUAACUGUCUCUCGCUCGCUCUCUCUCUCUCUCUCUCUCUCUCUCUCUCUCUGUCUGGCAGUUGGUGGCGCUGGUGUGCAGCUCCUUUCUCUAUAAAAGUCUGAACUCGCCUGGCUAUUCGACUCCAUCCUACUACUGAGAGCCAAUCUGACCC